UAGUCCUUUUCAGCUAGUAUUGCUGUUAAGGAGGGAAAAAGCCAACGGCUCUCCCAAAUUUAUCCCUGCGACCCUAACUACUCCAGCAGAGUUUUUUUUAGAAGAAGAAGAAGAAACGACGGUGCGCAAAUGCUCUCUUUAACGGCAUGUGUUUUACCAAACACGUCUCUCCUCCAACAAUCUUCUCCCUUCAACAUACAACCGCCACCGUCCUUUACAGAACACAAACGCGCUUCAAAAAAAGGAAACAAUAAUAAUUACUCUAAUUCUCAUUGUUUCUCUUGCAAGAGCACUAGUGAUUCACCUUCUGCUUCUUAUUUUGAAUACCCAUCAACCACAAAUUCUCCCGGAUAUAAAGGAACCCCAGGUCUUCAUUUUUCAAAAACAGAAUCAGCAAGUGAAUUUGUUGACUCUAGUUUGCUUGCACUUUGGCUGCAGUCUUGUUACAGGGUAAAAGACAUUAGAAGAAUACACGCGGUUUUCUUAAAGUGUUUGAGAGACUCGGGCACUUAUGUCAAUAAUAAUUUGUUGAGUGGGUAUUUGAAAUUAGGGGAGUUACUUGAGGCGCGAAAGGUGUUUGAUGCAAUGCCUGAACGAAAUGUUGUUAGCUGGACGGCAAUGAUAAACGGGUACUUUAAGUUUGGUUUAGAUGAUGAAGCUUUAAGUUAUUUUAGCCAGGCCAUAAAGGAUGGGGUUGUACCAAAUAGCAAGACUUUUGUGUGUGUGUUAAAUUUGUGUAGUAGAAGAUUAGAUUUUGAGUUAGGAAGACAAGUCCAUGCUCGUGUUGUAAAGGGUAACUGGAGGAAUUUGAUCGUGGAUAGUGCUGUUGUUUAUUUCUAUGUUCAAUGUGGUGAUUUGAAGAGCGCAUUUUGUGUGUUUGAUCGGAUGGUCGAGCGGGACGUGGUUUCUUGGACAACAAUGAUUACUGCUUGCUCCCAACAAGGGCGCUGUGGAGAGGCUUUCGGGAUGUUCACACAAAUGUUGAAUGGUGGGUUUUUGCCUAAUGGGUUUACUGCAUCUGGCAUUUUGAAGGCAUGUGGAGAGGAGAAGGCAUUGAAGUUUGGGAAACAAAUACAUGGGGCUAUAGUGAAGAAGAUGUAUAAAGAUGAUGUUUUUGUUGGGACUUCUUUGGUGGAUAUGUAUGCUAAAUGUGGAGAGGUUUCAGAUUCUUCAAAAGUUUUCAAUGGGAUGAGGAGGAGGAACACGGUUACAUGGACAUCCAUUAUAGCAGGGUAUGCUAGGAAGGGGCUUGGCGAGGAGGCUAUAUGUCUUUUUCGAUUAAUGAUGAGACGACGGGUAGUUUCUAACAACUUGACCAUUGUAAGUAUGCUCAGGGCAUGUGGCUUGAUUGGGGCAUUGCUUGCUGGGAGGGAAGUUCAUGCACAAAUCAUUAAGAAUUGCAGCCAAUCAAAUGAAUACUUAGGAAGUACUCUUGUGUGGUUCUACUGUAAAUGUGGGGAGUCCCGUACUGCUUCAAAAGUCCUGCAACAAAUGCCUUUCAGAGAUGUUGUCUCAUGGACUGCCAUAAUUUCUGGUCAUGCAUGUCUUGGGCAUGAGUCUGAGGCCCUUGAAUUUUUGAAAGAAAUGAUGGAGGAAGGUGUGGAACCCAAUUCAUUUACUUAUUCAUCGGCUUUGAAAGCAUGUGCCAAUCUUGAAACUGUUCUGCAAGGGAAAUUGAUCCACUCCUCUGCCAAUAAGACCCCUGCCUCAUCUAAUGUGUUUGUAGGUAGUGCUUUAAUUCAUAUGUAUGCCAGAUGUGGGUAUGUAUCAGAGGCAAUUCAAGUUUUUGACAGUAUGCCAGAGCGGAAUUUGGUUACUUGGAGGGCUAUGAUUAUGGGCUAUGUAAGGAAUGGGCUCUGCCAAGAGGCUUUGAAGCUCAUGUAUAGGAUGCAGGCAGAAGGUAUUCAGGUGGAUGAUUACAUCUCUGCAAAAGUCCUUGGGGCAUGUGGAGAAAUAGAGUGGGAUGCAGGGCAUUCAUCUGAGUACUGCUUGCGUACUAGUUGAACUUCAUCCAGGUGUAAGUUACAUUGGAACGAGAGCUUGUGCAUAGCUGUCCAUAUUAGAAAUGUGCUGAUUCUUAUGGAAUUUAUGUUGCCUGGAUGAGGGGGCCCAAAUUACUGAUCAAGCCCUUCGAUGCUACUCUCCUGGGGAUGUUGAUAAAGAACUGAUGGAGGCUGCCUGUGAUUUCUUAAGAGGUGGAGGACUUGUUUUUUAUUUGAAUGCCAACACUGCAUUUGUAAGCAAGAUCCUCUAAUGGUAAGUUUUUGUGUAGGGUUUUGUUGGUUCUUGAAAAUUGUUGUGUUUUCUUUUCAAUGAUAUUAUCUCCUCGGUUUCCAGGCUU